CCACGCUGCCCUUCAGCGUGCGAUUGCCCAAGGAAUUCAUCUACAACUCCUAUGAAAUUCGGAGAUUCAUCUUCUACGCUGGUUUUACUUUGCCUGAAUUCCGCUGUCUGCGAGCAUUCAUAUAAGUGAUCCGCCUCAAUCGCUGCCUUCUCGACUGGACGACUUCGCCCCGAUCCACUAUGGCGGCUGCCGAUGUCGCUGCCGGACACCAUGAUCGGCCAUCUCGUCGAAGACCGUUCUCGGCAUGGAUGAGACGACUUACAAAUCUCAAGGGACUCUCGUCGGAAUCGAAUAACCACGGGUCUUCGAAACGCCAUAACGCGGACUCUGUAUCAAAAUCCAAAAAGAUCGCAACCAAGAAUAACCCUUAUCCUUCGUCUGCGCUGCCACCGCCGCCUCCUGAGACCCCAGCGUCGAGUGGAAAUGGCCAUUUAUCCUUCUUGCCCGACCCGCCCCGUCCGGGAGAUAGUGUUCCUUCUCUGGAGCAGCGUAGCCAUAAAUCCGAUCAUGAUUCCGGCGAUUAUGGUCCCCAAGCUCCAAUGGCAAGCAACAGAUCAGCCGCACCCACCCUGGCCACGAAUCCAGAUACCGUCAACUCAGAUGCUGCAUACUCAAAAGCCGGUACCACAGGCACUGGCUUGAACGGGGGUGGCGGUGGAAGCACCUUCUCGUCCCCAGCGCCAUCAGUACGGUCCCUGACAACGACUCUGACAACCAUACAAUCUACUGCUCCUUCGACCCUUUUGCCAGGUGGAGGUAACACUCCAUCUACCAACACAACUGCUACGGGGCAGCAGCAGAAUAACCAUUCCUAUCAUCAACACACUCCCAGCAAUCAGAAUCAAUCUCAUACCCAAUUUACCCACCAGUUCCCCACGCAGCCGGUGACUGCGAUCCCCGCGCACCUUGCUCCUCAGGUCGGCGGCGGCCAUCCGAGCACCUAUACUACUGCUACCGCCAACAAUCUCUUGACCGACAAUGCAUCAGUUUUGACGCUUGCCUCUUCAACUAAACGUAGACGUCGCCACUCGCUCGAUACAGAUGCCUCUGUGCGUGCUCUGGCUCCCUCUUCGCUCUGGGGAGGCAGUCGCGAGUCUCUCCCCCUGAGCGUCCUCAGUGGUAACGUGGCAGACUCGAGCGGCCCGGGCGGCGCCACGCCGAGCGGCAUCUAUCAACCAAGACCAAGUCUUGGCGGAGUUGCCAGCGCUGAACGAGCCAGCGUUUACUCUUCCUCUGGUGUCGUUGCACCACAACUAACUGGUGACCGCAGCAGUUACUAUGGAGGCAAGCAGGGUACGGUUGGAGGUGACGGUGCAAGCAUGCGGAGCGGUAUCCUUGAGCACGGUCGGAACGAUAGUGUAUCAGGUAGCAUAAGUGGUAUUGGCGGAGGAGGGGUGUCUUCAGCCAGUCCAGCAACACCUGCUCCCAGAGAUGUCGGUGCCUCUGCGACUGGCCGAUUGAGCCGAAGAAGCUCGAACUGGGGAGAAGUCAGCGAAGCCAACAGUGAGGCGGGCGAAGACCCUGAAUCCAAGCCUAGAGAAUCCGAAAAGAAAGCCGAAUGAUGGAUUCCACGCCCUCGGGAAUUUAGACUGCUUCUUCUUUUUAGACAGCAAUUCCCUCAUUGUGCACUUCACACAAUACAAAAGGCGAAAGACAGUUUGUUACUGUUUUUCCUUUUGUUCCUUGUAAUCAUUUCCCCUACCCUUUACAGCUUGCUCGGAAACUUCGUGGGGGGACCUAUUUGUUCUUAUGAAUCGUACUAACUGGCGCCCCUCCCUUUUUUCCCCCUUCUUCUCGAAACCUAAAUUUUAUUUUCGUUUUAACCUCGUCUCUACUCCCCCUUCUCUUCUCUUUUAUACCCCAGCAACGCUCCAAACCUACCUUAUCUUGUUAGACAUUUAAA